UUUCCGUGCUAGAGCGCAGUGUCUGGAUGUGAAUGCAAGGAUCGAAAUGGCCUGAGUCCCGCAGCAAAGUGUGCCAGAUGUGUGACAGGGGUGUGGAUGAGACUGUACAGCAUGUAGUGGUGGAAUGUAAGAAGUAUGACAGAAAGAGAACGAAGAUGAUGCAGGUGUUUCUGAGUGAGAUGGGACGUGAAGUGAAUGGGAGGACUGGAAGGGAGUGGAUGGUGGUCAUGGUGCUGCUGCUGGGGCUGAGUGGAGAGACGAAUGGACGAGUGAUUGAGGCGGUGAAUGAGUUCCUGGAGAGCAUGUGGCGGGCAAGAUGUAGGCAAGGACAUCUUGCCCCGGGUUUUCUUUCACAGGAGCUGCCGAUACAAAGGCCGAGCUGGCUGGGGAGUGUGGACUGUGUGGAGAAAUCCCAAGCCACCUGUGACAUCAAGAUCAAGGCCGCCCCCGAGGCUCCCGGCGACCGACCCAUUUCUUCCUUCCCCACAAGAUACAGGCUUGGCACUGCUCUUGUCCAGCCUCAUUCAAAUACAGAAACUCAUUUUGACAUUCAGGAAGUGACACAGUGGAUCCUGAUGGUCGGUCCAAGGCUUCUUCCCGGUGGGGUGUGAUAGUCGGCCCAGCCCAUUCUGGCGCAG